AUGGACAUCGGUGGUGGCCUCACUGGUGGUCACGUCAUGAGGGUGGUAGCGGCAGCGUUGGUUACUCAUGAGAUCUGGAGGGAUAUGAAAAAGGACAACGCCGUAGAGGGUGGCUUAGGGAGUGCCAUGGACGGCGGCGGUAGUCGCGAUUCACUAACAUUAGAGGGGAUGCAACGGGGUGGAGAGGCCAUGCCUGCUCCACCAGCGCUGUUCAAGGCACCAGUACACAUGUCAUUCCUGCCUAUGUGGCAAGUCAUACCUUGGCCAUCUAAGGGAGUACACCUCCCUCCUGUUACAACACCUCCCGAUAAGGUCUCCAUACCUGGGGAUGUCCUCGAGCGGGGGCUGCAUGCCUCACGUGAGGUUCUUACCCAACUUGAUUGUACCGGGGUUAUACAGAGUAGCAACAUGGGGGAAGACUACGCAGCCUCUCGGCAUGUAGAUAGUGUAGAAGCAUCUAGCUAUAGAGGGCUCAAGGAGGAGUUUGAUAUACCCAGUGAUAUGGCCUUACCCCCUCGAGUCCACUCCCUGCUCGAUGGCGUAUUGUCACUAGUGUCUGAUGAGAUGGCUACUGACCCUGAUGUCUAUCUCCCUUCGCAUGGGUGGCAACGUUUCAAACAUCUCGAGAAGGAUGGUCAAUACACUUGUACGAUAUGGCGUAAGGAGCUGCUGACUACAGGAGGGAAGAGUCCGACGGCACAAUGGAUGAUGACUGGCGAUAUUGCAGUUACCCCCGCUCAGUUCCAUGCCCUUAAUGUUGACAUAGACAAUAGGGCAUCAUGGGAUUCUACGUUCGAAGGGGCGAGAAAGGAGGACGAGAAGGAAGAUGAUGGUAGCAGUACGUUGGUAUGGAAGGCUAAAUGGCCAUGGCCUUUCUCUUCUAGGCUCUAUAGGUAUCGCCAGAUUCCUCUUGUACUUCCUAAUGAUGAUACUCGUGCUAUGCUUUCACUUGGUUUACAACAAGAGGGAGGCCCGGGCGAGAAGGAUGAUAGCUUGGUUCGUGUUACUGACUAUAUAAGUCUAUCUUGUAUAAAGCCUAAUGUACGGCAAGAAGGGAAAUCGUCCCUCCAGAGUCGAUACUGCCUUUAUUAUUAUGAUGAUCCUAAGGUUGGCGCAUCGAUGCCUGCUUGGUUGGAACGUAAUGUUGCCGAAUCUACCCUUCCCAAGCUAGUCAGCAACAUUGUUACCGCUGUGUCUAACUAUCCUCUACAGAGGCUAGAGAAAUACAAGGAUGUUGGCUUGAGGGAUAACAGUGUGGUAGAGUCUAACGAUGAAGCAUUAUCGUUAGAUCAACAGGAGAUGAGUCCGACAACGUUAGAAGUGAAUACCCUCACCCCCACUCCAAGUCUUACUGAACACCAGUCUAGAAGACGUACCCCUCCCUAUGCUACUCCUAUCAUAUGCCAAUGGCUACCACCAGCAGUCUCCGGUAGCUCUGAUAAGGGCGACGAUACUAAACCGUUGCUGCUGCCAUGCCCGUUCCUUUUUACCCCUCUCGAUGUAGUUGUUACUUUGUAUGAGGACUGGCUCUAGCCAUUUAGACUACUCAUUUA